CAAGGGAUCAUGAUUGACAUACUUCAUAAUCAUGCCAGUUCAUCUACGUUUGAACGAUAAAGAUACAAGUCGUAAUCCAUUCAUCAAUUUUGUAACUGCUCUGCCAGGCUCAAGACAUGAUGAAGCAUUACGUAGAUUACAACAAUUGUCAGCAAUGGUAAAACCAUUGAUGCAAAAAGAAGGCUUUCAUAUAAAUUCAUUGGAAGAAUAUGAAUGGAAUCGUGAAUUUGCAGGAAGAUGUUGGAAUAAUGGAGAAGUGGUUGAGCUGGUUUUAGUGUCCGCUAAUGGAAAUUGGAUACCAUUACAGUAUGUCCUUUACGUCUUUUGUCAUGAAUUGGCUCAUAUAAGACAUAUGAAUCAUAUACCAAAGUUACAUGGUGCUUUGACCCGACAAUUAAAAGAACUUGCACUUGAGAAACAGAGACAAGGUUACUUCGGAGAUGGGAUGUGGUCUGCUGGAAGACAGCUAGAAGGCGGAGGGUUCGUUUCAGGAUUGGGUAUGCGACAAGGUCAACAAGAUUUACCUGAACAUGUUUGUGGAGGAGCAUUUAACAAAAGACGUUUGCGAGGCGGUGGCGGUCGUAGAAGAAGGCAAGGGACAGGAAACAGAAAGAGAAAGUUCCAAGGGCCAUCACUGCAUACUGGAGCUCAAACAGCUCCAAAUACCAAAGGAGGAAAUCGAAGGACAGAGCUAAAUGUUGCCAGUGGCAGUGGAAAUAGAGUUGAUGGACAGGAUUGGAUCCCUACAGCUUCUGCGAAAGAUUCAUCGUAUAAACAAGAUAUGAAUAGCACUUUUCGAAAACGAACGCAAAGCAAGGACGCACGAGAAAAGAGAGCGAGUGCUGCUUUGGCCAGAUUUGCUGCAGUAAAAGUGAAGCCUGAAACGAGCGAUACUAUCAAGGUUGAGCAAAGACCGAAUCUUUCGAAUGACAAGAAAGGUCCUCUUGAUGGCAUUUUCGGACGAAAGGAUGUCAAGGAAGAAGAGUACGAUAUCUCUGAAUCAGAGAGCGAGACAGAAAGCGAAGGUGAUGAUACAGAUUAUGUAGGUAACGAUCUUCCGGAAGAUCAACAUUUCACACAAGGAUUUGAGGAGAGUUCUGAACAGCGGAAAAGGCGAAUGCAACGGUUUCGUGAUCGCGAAGAAACGCAGGAUGAGGACGAGUGGCGUCAUUUGCUGGAAAACAGUAGUCCGGGCUCAGAAAUGCAGAGGAAAGGAGAAGUCGACACUGCAAAGGCUAUCUCGAUUGAAGACGAUGAUGACGACGAUGUCAUAUUGGUGGAAGAAAGACCGGCGAAACAGCCCAAAACGGAAACCAAACCAGUUUCAGCUCAAACCGAUAGGGCCAGUAAUAAUCACCGAGGUAAUGGAAGCUCAUCGUCGAAUCAACAAAGUGAGGCAGUAACGAGGCCUAGUCCUCUGCCUAUUUGGAGUGAGUGCAUUUCAUGACAUUCAAGUUGUUCACCUCUUUACUAACAUAUCUUCCCUGUCCGACAGCUUGUCUCGUAUGUACUCUAGAGAACACAAUCCACGACCGUCAAUGUGCGGCUUGUGAAACGUCAAGAGAUUCCUCUAUUUUGGGGACAUGAUUUAUGUAUAAUAUUGUAGCA